UGUGAGUGAGGGCUUUAUUUAACAAAUCACCAAUCAGGUGAAGCAGCAUUGAUACCAACAAAGGUUUGAUACUUCGCGUGUUUAACCAAAUACAUCGCCAUUCGUUUGACGAAAGGUAGCCGCUGAAGGCAAAUCUUCCGCACACCUGCAUAAGUAUCUGUCGAACCAGACAGAGGCGCUUCUGUCGCUUUAAGGAGGUGGUCGGGGGCGUGGCCUGCGCGAAGUGUGCACCUGUGUUUACGAGCUGCUCUCUCUGGUGUACUGGGGAAGAGACGAGUUCGCCCGCCGAACGCGCCUUCGAGCGAAGAGUUUAAAAUAUGACGAAAACGGAUUUGUAAUGAUUUGAAACCAAACAUACAUUCAACAUGGUAAAUCUAGGUGUGUGCUGUGCCAGCCUGAAGGACAGCAAGGCCCUGAUGAAGAUGGGUUUGGGCCUGGUGCUGGUCGGGCACGUGAACUUCCUCCUGGGGGCGCUGGUGCACGGCGCGGUGCUGCGGCGGAUCAACCUGCACGUCCAGGCCCGCGCCAUGGAGUACGCCAUCUCCAACGUCAUCGCGCUGGUCGCCGGGCUGGUGGCGGUCAUCGCGGGAAUCUCUGCCAUCGUCCUGUCCAAGAAUAAGAGGAGUCUACCGGUGUUAUGGCUGCUGCUGGUGUUCAGCCUGCUGGCCGGUCUCCUAGCAACCGCUGCCACCGUGGGGUUGACCGUUUCCAUGGUGAAUGCCAUCCUCCAAGGUGGGCGGAGUCUGCUGACCCACUGCAAGUUCCCCGAUGCCAUUGGCUACUCCAGCAUCACCAACGAGUGCCCCUUUGACCCCACCCGUAUCUAUGGCACCACCAUCAUCCUGUGGGUCCCUCUGAUUCUCAUGAGCGCGGUGGAGCUGGUGUUUUCCGGGCGCUGCUUCGCUGCGUGCCUGUCCUUCAUGUGCGGCCGAAACCCCUGCCGCCGGAGGAGGAUCGUCAACGCCCGCAGGGUGCGUAUGCAAAUACCAGAGGAAAUGACAUCACCACCUCGGACCCCAGUGCGGGAGGCGGGACAGGAAGCUGUGCCGGGAGAGCAGCACGAGCUGCUGAACCGGGCCGCCCAGUCAGGCACAGAGUGGGCCUGAGUCUGGGCGUCUGAUUGGACGGCACAUCCGGGUCGAAGGUGAAAUCUGGCGGCUGAUUGGACAGCACAUCCGGGUCAAAGGUGAAAGAUGCAUCCAAAAAUGCAUUCUUUCCAUUACUGGGGGAAAAAAAAUUUUAACGCCCCCCCCAAAGAUCUCUGGGAAUUUUGGUACGAAACCUAAACACAAGCAGUCAUGUAUUAAAGAGGGAGUUUGGUUCUGAACAUUGGUGGAAAUGGAUGCAUUUUCUUUUUAAAAAAAAAAGGAAAAAAAAGAUCCAAGUACAAGAACAUUUACUGGUGUCUUAGUGGUUCUAAUAUUUCUGAGUAUCAGAUCCAGGUCUGCCUGCAUCAGUACUCCUCACGGUAGGAUGGGGGGACCCCAGCACCCUUCUGGGGGUACCUGAGGGUCACUCUGGUUUUGUCUUUUCCUUUCAAUCUUAGCUUUGUUUUCCCUGUUAAUAGUUAAGUCUCCUGUAAAAAUAAAGCCUUUUAAAGGAGGCACCUGCUGGCCCUACGGCAGAGCUUCAUAAA